AUGCUAUACUCCUACACUGCACGUUCACAGCAGUCCUGCGCCAGGAGUCCUCUCUUGUCCGAUACCCGAACCGUCUCGCAAAACGCCCUCGACGACGCCCUUCCGAACGUCACAGUCAGUCUCUCGUUCGACACGCUGGACGGGCCGGUGACCAUCUACCGAGACGAGUACGGCAUUCCGCACGUAAAGGCCACGACCGUGCAUGACGCCUUCUUCGGUCAGGGGUUUGCGACGGCACAGGACCGCCUCUUCCAGAUGGACCAUGACCGCCGUUGGGCGUACGGGCGGUGGGCCGAGCUCGCGGGGGAGAGCGCCGUCGAGCAGGACGUGCUCAUGCGAAAGUUCCAGCUGCGCCGCUCGGUCGAACGGGACUAUGGGGCCAUCAACGCCGAGACGAGGGCGAUGUUCGAGGCGUAUGCGGAGGGGGUCAACGGAUUCAUCGAGACGACCGAAGCGCUGCCUGUCGAAUACGCGAUACUUGGAGAGUCGCCGGAGGCGUGGACGGCGAAGGACUGCCUGGCAGUAUUCAAGGCGCGGCACGUACUGAUGGGCCACAUGGAGGCCAAGCUGUGGAGGGCGAAGACGGUGGCGGCGCUCGGCGCAGAGCGGGCGGCGGAGCUCAUGCCCCAGUACGAAAAGGGGGGACUGCUGAUCGUUCCGCCGGGGGCGGAAUACCUCGGCGACAACUACGACGUGCUUGGCGGGUACGUGUCGGGAGCCGAGCACGUGGACGGGAUGGCGGAUGCCGACUCCGGCAGCAACAACUGGGCCGUUCACGGGAGCAGGACGACAUCGGGCAAACCCCUCCUGGCAGGCGACCCGCACCGCCCCAUCGAAACGCCGAGCGUCUAUUACCAGAACCAUAUCUCGUGCGACGAGUUCGACGGGAUGGGGCUGUCGUUUCCGGGGUGUCCCGGGUUUCCGCACUUCGGGCACAACGCCAGGGUGGCGUGGUGUGUGACGCACGCCGCGGCGGACUAUCAAGACCUGUACAUCGAGUCGUUCCGGGGCGGGUCAUCCCUUCAUUAUGAGCACAAGGGCAGCUGGAAGCACGCAGAGACUCAUGCGGAGGUGAUUCAGGUCAGGGGUGCCGAGGCGGUAGAGGUCGAGGUCACGACCACUCACCACGGUCCAAUCGUCGUGGGAGAGCCGAGCAGCGGGCGGGCGAUAGCUUUCAAGUACACUGCCACGGACGGACCGAACAUGGGCCUCGAAGCGCUCUUGAUGCAGCUUUGUUCUAGUUCCGUCGACGAGAUGGACGCCGCUAUGCGGGGCUGGGUCGACCCGUGCAACAACUACGUCUUCGGAGACGUUGAAGGUGACAUCGCCUAUCUUACGCGCGGCAAGGUACCGAUAAGGAGCAUGGCCAACGCGUGGCUCCCGGUACCGGGGUGGACGGGAGAGCACGAGUGGGAGGGAUUCAUCCCGUUCGAGGAGAUGCCGCGCAUUCGAAACCCGGAAAACGGGUUUAUCGUCACGGCCAAUAACAAGCAGGUAGACGACGACUAUCCCUACUACAUCAGCGUGCAGUACGCGACUGAGCACCGCGCACGGCGGAUCUAUGACCGGCUUGCGGAGAUGCCGAACGCCACGGUAGAGGACAUGGGCGACGUCCACGCUGAACGGGUGUCGAUUCCCGCACUGGCGUACCUGAAGCUUCUACCAGGAGUCGAGCCUGCGGACGAGCGAUCGGCUGAGGCGCAGCGGGUCCUCCUGAGGUGGGACGGGAAGAUGGACGUCGACGCCGCGGCCCCGGCCAUUUUCAGCGCCUUCCGAUACCACCUCGACGACACCAUAUUGCGACACCUCCUUGGACCUCUGGCCGACUAUGCCCUCAGCGCGGGCGGUCGCGGCGCGCCUCAUCAUGUGUCGCUUCUCAAGGCCCAUCUCGUCCGUAUGGCGGAGACCGACGACGCUUCCUGGCUGCCGAGCGGCGCGACGUGGAAGUCUCUUAAUGCCGAGGCGCUCGGAAACGCCGUCGAGUACCUGACGGACCGGAUCGGCAACGACAUGAAUGAAUGGACGUGGGGGAAGAUUCACCAGACGAACCGGCCUCACUGGCUUUCCAACGCCUACUCUUGGGCCGCGGAACUAGAAGGCCCGGCGAUGCCGCUCGGCGGUGACGGGGAUACUCCCCUGGCUGCCAGCUACUCGCACUCCGACCCGUUUGGGAUCGCCGGCUCCUCAGUCGCCCGGUAUAUCUACGACCUCAGCGACUGGGACAACUCGCGGUGGAUCGUGCCAUUUGGCGCGUCGGGCCAUCCGGCAAGUGCCCACUUCUCGGAUCAGUCGGUCCAUAUGGGCGGACGUAGAUUUCAUCCGUAUGACUAUAGCUGGAUACAGAUCGGAGUCGUUCGGCGGUCGUGA